AUGUCUUUUGACGCCAACUGGUCCCAGAGGCUGUUUCCCAAACACUACCCACUUUAUAGGAAGCACGCACAGUGGUCGCCAAUGAUAGGCGCAACACACACCGAAAACUUUCACAUUUGGCAAAUAGGCCAUCUUGCUACCAAAGGUUUAAAGAGAUUUGCAGAAGACGGUUUAACUUCACAUCUUACCGACGAGCUUUCUCAGAACUCAGCCAUCUUUUCUGUCUUCGGAGCUAACGCAUUAUCGGAGGGUACAGGAACAUCGUCAGCGGUAUUCGCUUUACAUUCGAAAACGACGAAGAUAUCUCUUGUUGUCAAGAUAAUUCCUAGUCCAGACUGGUUUGUGGGUGUAGAUAGCAUCAAUCUCCACGAUGGUCUAGGUUGGUCCAGAUCAGCCAAGUUCAACCUCUACCCAAUAGACGCAGGCACCGACAAGGGCUUAGCAUUUACGUCCCCGAAUUUUGCCGAAUCACCCGCUAAGUGUAUCUCUCGUAUUUACUGGAAUCGUCCUUCACAUCCGGCAUCCUCAUUCCGAUACCCAACAACCAGAGGCUUACCGCCACUGGGUCAGUUGACAUUUUCGGAAAUUUCAGCUGGUGAAUUCGAUAAAUUGAAGAUGAGUCAAAAGUACAGACUUAAUUCGAUCGUGAUGGCGGAUAGGUGGAAAGAAACCUCUGACAUAGACUUAAGCAAACUUGCCAAUAUUCUAGGUGAAAAGAAGCACACAUUUGCAGAUCAACCAAAAGAUCUACCAAUAAUUACCGAUUGUAAAGUAACGCCCUGGGGCAGAUGGAGCAAAUGUGAUAAACGUAGAUGCGGGGUGGGAAUUUUGAAGCGGUUUAGGUACAUAAAGCAAGCACCAACACAUGAUGGAAAUGCAUGCCCCACCUUAGUCGAAAUGAAGCCCUGUAGCCUACAGGGACUCAACAGUAAACGAAUACGCUGUAUUAAAAGUAAACUGGAAAAGGAAACAAGAAAAUACACGAAGAAGCAAAGAAAACGCUUUGGUUACAAAGUAUAAUAUCGUUUAAUGAGAUGCAUAGACCACAUGCCCUUGUAUUUCUCCAAUUGUACUAUUAAAAAUCAAUUCAUUAAUGCUUACAGAAAACUCACUCCUAUCCACCGACACAUGCCUUCAUCAAGAUAUAAAUGAUAGGAUGAAAAAUCUAAACCGCUGUGACCUGAUUGGAUCCUGUCAUAUUGACAUUUCUAAAUGCCUCGACUCUACUCAACACACCCUUCUUCUAAAUUAAUUAGAACAUUACGUUCCUAAAAAUAACCUUACAUUAAGUACUUCAAAAGUUAUCUGAUACAACGAAAACUAAUAAAAUAUAAUAAUAUACUAUCCGGUAUCAUAUAAAGAAAUUGUUUAAAUUGGCGUAUCACAAGGUAAGGAGUUUGUUAGAACCAAUAUUAUUUUUAUUGUUUAUAAAUUAUCUUCCCCUUAUGCAUAUCUAGAAUAGAAUGAUGAUGAUGAUAAUGAUUGUGAAAGGCCUAGUUAUGUUAAAGCGUGAUGCUGUUAGCCAUCAUUGGUACCAUGAUGAUAACAUGGUUACCUAGUGAUGUUGACACCAGUCUACCACGUUGAGGUAGCAUCUCCGACUUCAGACUGGAAUUAUUUUAUUUUCCUAUUUUACAGCCUAUUUUUAUUUUAUAUAUUUUUAAAUGUCAUAUCGAAUUUAUAUAGAAUAAAUUACGAAA